GCUAUCGGCGUCAGUCUUAUUUUCAAACCAAACCUAUACAUUAGUCAAAAAGUUACUCAAAUUUAUUCAACUACGGAAACAUAAGAUAUAAAGAACGCCACUAUGUAUUUUUCCCACGCUAAGACCGAAAUGAUAGACAGCGGUCAACCGGAAAUCAACACGCAGCGGCACGUGUACCAAGUGGACGCGCUGUCGGCCAACAACAACGUUCCGGCCCGGCGGCCGGUCGCGAAGAAACCGCACAAGAAAAAACGCAAGUGCACCGACUACGUGCGGAAGACCAUACCGUCCAUCGACUGGCUGUUCCUCAACUACCGGUGGUCCAAGGACUUCGCGGAGGACACGAUGGCCGGCAUCGCGGUGGCCGUGCUGAACAUCCCGCAGGGCAUGGCCUACUCGAUCCUGGGCAACGUCGAGCCGACCGUCGGGCUGUACAUGGCCGUGUUUCCGGUGUUGGUGUACAGCCUGCUGGGCACGUCCCGUCACAUAUCGCUGGGCGUGCUGUCCGUCCUGUGCCUGAUGACCGGAAAGGUGGUGACCACGUACGCCACUGACGACUCGGCGGCCGACGGCAGCGGCGGCGGCGGUGGCGGUUACACGGCCAUCCAGGUGGCGACCGCCGUCACGAUGGUGGUCGGGCUCGUGCAACUGCUCAUGUACGUGUUCCGGCUCGGGCUGCUGUGCACCGUGCUGUCCGAGACGCUGGUCAGCGGCUUCACCGCGUCCGUGGCCGUCAUUGUGUUCACGUCGCAGCUGAAGGAGCUGCUGGGCGUGGACGUGGCCCGGCGGCACGGGCUCAUGCAGGUGCCGAACACGUUCUACGAUUUCGCCGACCGCUUCCACACGGUCAACUGGGCGACCACCGCGGUGUCCGUCAUCACCGUCACCGUCCUGUUGGUGUACGACAGGUACCUGAAGGAGAGGAUCAACAGCAAGCUGUGCAUGCCGCUUCCGAUCGAACUGAUCAUCACGGUCUUCGCCACCGUGCUGUUCCAAGUGACCACGAUCGCCCAGGACUACGACAUGGUCCAGAUGGGCGAAAUCAAAUCGGGCCUGCCGCCGUUCGAGGUGCCGCCCGUCAGCCUGUUCUCGGUCGUGUUGGUGGACGCCUGCGUGAUCGCGCUGGUCGCGUACUCGAUCACCAUGUCGCUGGCGCUGCUCGUGUCGGAAAAGCUCAAGUACCCGUUGGACGCCAACCAAGAGCUCCUCGCCCAGGGCCUGGGCAACGUGAUCGGUUCGUUCUUCUCGUGCCUGCCGUGCGGCGCGUCGCCGUCGCGCAGCGCCUCGCAGCAGACGGUCGGCGGCAAGACCCAGAUGGCCAGCAUCGUGUCCGCGGCCAUCAUAGUGAUCGUGCUUCUCUGGGUCGGCGUCGUCUUCGAACCGCUGCCCAGGUGCGUGCUGUCCAGCAUCAUCGUGGUGGCGCUCAAGGGGCUGCUGAUGCAGGCGCUCAACUUCCCGGAGAUAUGGCGCAAGUCCAAGACCGACGGUGUCGUGUGGAUAGUCACGUACGUCACCGUCAUAAUGUUGGACAUCGACUCGGGGCUGCUGAUCGGCGUGGUCGUGUCGCUGCUGUUCGUGUUCGUCAAGGGCGUGCUGAACGAAGUGCAAGUGCUCGGCCGGUUGCCGGACACCGACCUCUAUGUCCGGCUGGACCUGUACGGCGACGCCGUCGAAAUACCGGACGUCAAGAUCGUCCGGUACGCCGGCAGCCUGAACGUGAUCAACAGGUACAUGUUCAAGAGGAAGCUGAUCGAGGCGACAGCGGCGGCGGACGGCGGUGACGACGACGCGACGGCGCAGAUGACGGCCGUGACCGUGGUGGCCGACGGCAAGAGCCCCCCGCCCGCCGUCCACCGGCGUCCCACGGCUCGGUGCGUGGUCAUCGACAUGGCCGCGCUCCAGUACGCCGACGCGGCCGGACUGAAAAUGAUGUCGCAGUCGGUCGAGUCGCUCAUGUCCGACGGACUGUGCGUGUACCUGGCCGCCGUGCCGGAAAACUCGUUGGAGUUUAUCCGUUGCAACGACGGCAUGAAAAAGUCAGUGCGAUUCUUCCCGACCGUGCACGACGCGGUCGUCUACCACCAGUGCAACAGCAAAAAGAUCCAAGACUCGACGUUUGACGGGCAACAGCCGUCCAAAACUCCUAUUUGACUCUAAGCGCUCGUCGCGAAGCGCAGAUCAUUUUUUUUUCCGUUUAAAAAAUAACUGUAAAUUUUUUAUUUUUUAUAUUUUAUUUUUUUUUUUUUAACUGUGACAUUGAAAUAUAUUCAAUCGACGCUAUUACGUUAUAAUAGGCGGCCAACGGUAUUUAUGUAUAGCAAAAAAUAUAUUUUUUUAAAUUUUUUUGCUAAAAACAACGACGCAAGUUUUAAAACCAUAUUUUUUUUCAUUU